AAUACUAAAGGUGUACAUAGAGGCAUUUUACUCCGGUAAAAGUUACAGUAAUUUAGCUCCGUGUCAUGUUCUCAAUUUAUAGCUAGCUAGCUAUGGCAUGCAACUCGUUGUCUUGUUUGAAGCAAGAUGGCCUCACUCUCAUGGCAGAACAGGCCCAGGCUCUCAAGCUCCUGUUUGAGGGAAGGGACGUGUUUAUCUGGUUCCCAACGGGGUAUGGCAAGUCUCUCUGCUAUAUCAGUUGCUACCCUUUUUAAUGGACUACAAGCUAGGUAGGACCAAGGCUCCUCCUGCUGACAAAAGUGUUGUUCUUGUUAAUUGUCUCUCCCCUUGUAUCUCUCAUCAUGAGACUCAUGAUUGACCAGGUCAGGAGUCUAAACAAUAGAGGUGUUUCUGCUGCCAUCCUCAGUAGCAAUAAAGGAAUCGACAAAGAUUUGGUUGCCACUGCCAAAGAAGUGUCUUCUGGGAAGUAUUUCCUGCUGUAUACUGCCCCAGAGGCUGUUGUUGAAGACCACUGUUGGAGGAUUUAUUUUUUGUUGUACCACGAGUCAAUGUAUUAAAAAACCACGCCUAGAUCACGCCCAAAUACAAUCAAUACCAGGCCUAGUAGGCGACCUAGCGUUCAAUUGGAGACGGAUCGGCCGGGGGUCGAGGCUAGUAGGUCUAUUGCAUCAUAGAUUGAAGAGUUAGAGGGAUAGGAAACGGUUUGUAUCUCGAGUAACAUCCGCGCUACGGUGCGGUUUAAUCGAGGCCAUCACAACAAUAUCUAUUUCUACACUCAGUGCAUAAUAAACUACAAGUAACUGUGCUUAGUCCGUGCAACUCACUUAUAUUUCAAGGUCUAUACCUAUUGUAGUAGUCAUAACCAGCACGCUUACACGUUACAUGUUCCAAUAGCUCUAAAACAGCCUUGGGAACAUAUAACUUUAUUGGAAAGUCUCUUUUUACUGGGUGUGGUCAGUCAUUAGCAAGUACUACACGUGGCUCAUGGACUAGGCGUGUUUUAAGUUGCUGAAAGAGAUUAUGUCUCGAGGAAACACAGCUUUGGGAGUUACCCGGCAAAAGUGUGCUUAAUAGCCUCGUUCAUAGGGCGUAGCGCGGAUAAUUUUCGAGGCUCCACUGCAGAUUCAAUGUAAAAUCAUCACGUGCACCACUCCGUUUCCUAUCCCUCUCUCUUCAAUCUAUGAUUGCAUUCCAGGCAGGCUGAUUUGUAGUGUAUGUGCUAGCCUCGAUCCCAUGCAGGCCGCACUUCAUCGAAGAGUGGGCCUGGUAUAAUAAUCGGCUGCUUGCACAUGCGUAGCCAGAUAGGGAUCUGAAAAAAAAAGGGAUUGGCUUUGUUUACUCGAUGUCAGGAAUGGAAGUUAAAUUUAACCACAACACACCCCUCGAAUUCUUCAGCAGUUGCGGGGAAGGCAAACUGGGCACUGGGCACAAUGAAAGCACCACAGGUGCUGAUGCCUUGGUGGAGAUGCCAAAGCUAUACGUACAUAACAUAAAGCUACUAAUAGCCUGAUGCAAUAACUAUUUUGCUGCAUGUAAAACUAAAAGAGUGGGUAAUGAUUGACCAUGAUUGUUGUUAAAAACGAUCGAUGUCAAAAGUUUCAAGUAAUAUACGUUCUACAGUGCAUGCAACAACCAAAGAGAGUAGAUUUUUUUUUUUGGUACACAUUUUUUACAUUUUGUGGCAUAUCUUCUGAAAUAAAAGUGAUAUGAUCUAUUUGAGUGCAGGUACGUAGACUAUUGGCGCUUCCAUUGGACCACCACCUGUUACAUCACAUGACAUCAUCAGUAUAAAAUGGCUGUCUGAAAAUGUGUACUUCCGAAAAUAUGUUAGGAAUAGAAGUAGCUUAUUUGUUUGAGUUAAGAUCUGAAAUUUGUUGUGUAUGUACCUGAGUAUAUUGCUCAUCUUUUGAGCUUCAACGGAAGUCUGGGCUAAUAUUAAUUGGAGGUAAUCUAUGGGAGCGUUUUGUCUCACAUAAGUCCAAACCAGGAAAAAAGUUUCAUCCAUGUGGGGCAGAGUCCCAGUCCUGCCUCAUUCCGUACUGGAUCGUCAGGAUUUGCUACGAGUUCCGAUGGUACCUUGUCGGCUAUCUCAUUACGUUGAUCAUCACCGAUGCUAGCAAGAUAGUGGUUGGUAGACUGAGGCCCAACUUCAUGGACGUGUGUGACCCCGACUUCUCCCUGUUCAACUGUACAGAUCCAUACGGAAACCCGCGCUAUGUGCAGGACUAUGUCUGUCGUGGAGACAACUCCACUGUUGCUGCGUCAAGAGUCUCCUGGCCUUCUGGACACUCCUCAAUGAGUGCUUAUGCCUUCAUCUUCCUCGCUCUGUACCUGUCCUGUGUUCGGUCGACUUAUCAGCGUUCUGCCUUCAAGCUCAUGUUGAUGCUGUUCUCGUUUAUGCUAGCACUGCUGGUUGGGCUCUCUCGUAUCUCUGACAACAAGCACCACCCUACUGACGUGCUAAGUGGCUGGAUCAUUGGGGGAGCCGUUGCCUUCGUUGUGGUGUACUUUAAUCUUCGCUACUUUGGGGAGCUCAAGUCUGGUACAGGAACAGUUAGUUCAGAACAGUACCAAGUCAUGGAGGAGUCUCAGAAAGUUGACAAAGAAAUACCACAAAAUAAUGUAUAAUAUUUUAUAUGACUGGGUUUUGUGUUAUAGUGACUUUUAGAUCACAUUUGUUUUUUAUCCAGUCUCAUGCAGCUGUGCAACGAGUUAUCUGUAUUAAUUACACUACACAUUGAGUUUUAAUACACAUCCACAUCAAAUACAGUACAGUAGAUCUAGUGCUAGAA